GGGGUCGGACUCGAUGAUCUACAAGGUCCCUUCUGACCCUACUUCUAUGAAUUGAUUCUGCUCCUGUGGCUAUAUAUCUACACCUGCAUAAAUCAUCUGACCAACCUUCAACAUGCUGCAUUUAAGAUCCACUGCUGCUGAAAGCCACCACAGCCCCAUAACUGCUGUCUGGAGCUGUGGGUAAAAAUCUUCAAGGUAAGAGGCAAGAAGGGUCCCCAAGGAUAUGACAGAAGUCUGUGAGAACACUACUAACAAAUGUCAGCAAGCAGGGGAGAAAACCCCUCCAAAGGAAUAGGGGUAAAAAGGUGCUUCAGGGAAGAGCAGCUGUACCACCUCUGGACUAAGGACAAUCUGCAGAAAAUGCCUGAAGCAUCAGAAGAUCAUAAUCACUGGAAGGCCUGUUGACUUCCAUUUCUUGAGAAUCCAGAACAUCAUCAGUCUGGCAUGGCGCAGGGCAGUCAGCAACUCGAUGUGCAGGUACUCCAAGACCUCCGGCAACGUUUCCCUGAGAUUCCAGAAGGGGUGGUAUCUCAGUGCAUGCUCCAGAACAACAACAACCUUGAUGCCUGUUGUCGAGUCCUUGCACAGGAGAGCAACAAAUACUUAUAUAUGGAAUACCAUAGCCCUGAUGACACCAGAAUGAAUAGGAAUCGCCUUUUGCACAUUAAUCUGGGUAUCCAUCCUCAUACCAGCUAUCAUGCAGGGGAUGGAACUCAACUUAAUGGUGGUCGUACACUGGUACAUAGCUCAAGUGAUGGACACAUUGAUCCACAGCGCACAGCAGGUAAACAGCUGAUCUGCUUAGUUCAAGAGCCGCACUCUGCUCCAGCUGUUGUGGCUGCUUCUCCGAAUUACAAUCCAUUUUUCAUGAAUGACCAGAAUAGAAAUGCAGCUACUCCACCUCCACAACCACCUCAACAGCCAUCUUCCAUCCAACCAGGAAUGAACACGUCUGCUAUGCAAGGCCCUCCUCCUCCUCCAUAUAUGCACAUACCUCGAUACAGUACAAAUCCUAUUACUGUUACAGUAUCACAGAACCUCCCCUCUGGACAAACUGUACCCAGAGCUUUACAAAUUCUUCCACAGAUUCCAAGCAAUCUUUAUGGGACUCCUGGUUCUAUAUAUAUAAGACAGACAUCUCAAAGUUCUUCAGGACGACAGACUCCUCAAAAUACACAAUGGCAUUCAUCGCCACAGGGCCCAGUUCCACAUUAUACUCCACGUCCUCUGCCGGUAUAUCCACAUCAACAGAACUACCAACCUUCUCAGUAUUCUCCUAAGCAGCCCCAGAUGCCUCAAUCAGCUUUUAGAUCACCGCCUCCUUCUCAAUGCCCUUCUCCCUUUGGAUCACCUCAGCACCAAGUGCAGUCUACUCAAUUAGGCCAUCAGAGCUCACAUGUGUUUAUGCCUCCUAGUCCUUCAACUGUUUCACCCCAUCCGUAUCAACAAGUGCCCCCAAGUUGUCAAAAAUUAGGUGGUCAUUCAGUAUCUUACCUUCCUUAUGGUGGACCUAACUUAUCCAAAGGUUCCAUGAACAAAAUAGAAAUUACAGUUGAGCCACCACAAAGACCUGUGACUCCAAUGAAUAGAAGUCCUUCACCAAUAAGUAGUCAACCAUCUCAACGAAACCAGCACCCACUAUAUGCAGCCACUACUCCACCUUCAGGCUCACCUUCAAGAGGUAUGUCAGGUCAACCAAAACAUCCGUUUAGUGUUAAUCCAGUAUAUAUUACCUACACACAACCAACUGGACCUACAGGUGCACCAACACAAUCUCCCCGGGUAAUGGUAUCUCAGCCAAACCCAACAGUUUUUAAAAUCACAGUAGGUCCAGCACCAACUGAGAAUCUGUUAAAUUUAGUGGACCAAGAAGAGCGUUCUGCAGCACCAGAACCUAUUCAGCCCAUUUCAGUAAUGCCAGGAUCUGGAGGAGAGAAAGGAAGCCAUAAAUACCAGAGGAGUUCUAGUUCUGGAUCAGAUGACUAUGCUUAUACUCAAGCCUUGCUAUUGCAUCAGCGAGCAAGGAUGGAGAGAUUAGCAAAAGAACUGAAGUUUGAGAAAGAGGAGCUUGAGCGACUGAAAGCUGAGGUUAAUGGUAUGGAGCAUGAUCUGAUUCAGAGGCGACUUAGAAGAGUAAGCUGUACAACCUCAAUCCCAACACCGGAGGAAAUGACCAGAUUGAGAAGCCUGAACAGACAGCUCCAGAUAAAUGUUGACUGUACAUUGAAAGAAGUUGACCUCCUUCAGUCGAGAGGGAACUUUGAUCCAAAAGCCACAAGUAACUUUUAUGAUAAUAUAGAGCCUGGUCCUGUUGUGCCACCAAAGCCAUGUAAAAAAGAGCAUCAAACCAGCUCCAAACAAAUGCCACGGACUCAGCCAAGAGAUGAAGACUUUGAAGGGGCUCCAUGGAACUGUGAUAGCUGCACAUUUUUGAACCACCCAGCUCUAAACCGCUGUGAGCAAUGUGAAAUGCCGCGGUACACCUGAAAUUCAGAAAGGGGCUGCAUUAGGUUGAAAACGGGCUCUUGAGCCAACAGCCGUAGGAGAAGGAAACAUGGGGAACCUUUCAGUGCCUGCCAGGCCUUUGCCAACCAACUAUUUUCAAAUUGGAAAAGGGGACAUACACGUGAAUCUCUUUCCAUUCAUGCCACACUAAGGAAUAAUUGGGGAGGGGAGGAUAUUUUUUUCUUAUCCCGUUGUGGUGAGCAAGGCAGAAAAGAUCCCCUAACCCAGAGAAGGAUUCACUCUGAAGAAUGUACACAGAGAGGCAGAAAGCUGCUACUGUUUUUUUCCUGUGGCUCUAGUUAUUGCUCAGUGACCCUCACUUUAUUUUUUAUUUUUUUUAAUUUUUUUAAGUUCAGACCUUUAAGUCACAGUGUGAAAUGUUACAGGUAUCCAGAAAAACUGAAGAGCCAGGGCUGAUUUGCCUGGCCACAGCUAGCUGGAAACAAAGGCUCCCUGUGCUUCUAGAUUGUAAACUACUGAAAAAGGAAGACAGGAAAAUGCAACCAUACAUUUUGCAACACACAGAAAACAAAGAGAAGGGUAUUUGUAAUUGCUGCUUUUUUCAGGGUAAUUUAAAUCUACACAAAACGUGCUGUUUUGAAUUGUGAUUUAGGUGAGUAAAUGAGGUAUUACAUUACCUUACGAAAGUACAAUCAGAGGUGAUUUUACAAUCCCUUUUGCUUGUACAGUGCUACCAACCUGUGUCAACACUGGUAAUUAACUAAGAAGUAAUUCUAUCAUAUUACAGAUGAAAAUACUGCUGCAUGAUUUCAUUAGGCCAUUGUGUUUUAAAGCUAAAAGUAAAGUAUGCUUUUAUAUACAACGUUCUUCUGAGACUGUGCUCUGUAGCAGUACAGUGAACAUAUGCCAAAUGCAGAACUAUUCCAAAUUCUGUUUGGAAGACUUGAGCUCAGCCAUGGAUAUGUAUGAGACGUGUUUGCGCCCUGUUACUUAGGCCUUUUCAGCUUCCAAUUUUGUGAAGAAUUCAUGUUUACAGCACAGAAGGUACUUUGUGCCCCAAACCUGAGUUAGCUGAAAAACAAUUAAUCAAUAUUAGCUCUUCAAUAAAGGUUUCUUUGCACAUUUGUUUGUAAACCAGCCUGUAUAAAAUAGCAGAUGCCAGACCUCAAAAAGUUGCACACGGCAUUUUUUUUUUAAAUUUUGGUCAGGAAAUGUUUGCAAUCAAGUGAAGAAUACAGAAUAUUUGCAAACUAAAAAUCCUACUGGUACUUUUAUGCACAUGAAUACUGUAUCAAUAAGGUGAUGUUCAAUUUGUUUGAAUGCUUCAGGUUGGUGUAAUAAAGUACUCAAUUGUGAAAUCAAAACUUUUUGGUUUGGGCAGCUGAAUGAUGAUGAUAAAUUGUGUGACUGAAUUAGGGUAGGUUUUGUACUGGUCAAAGCUGGUGCAGUGCGUUUGAAUUUUUUUCACCAGAACUUAAAGCUGAAUACUUUCACAGCAAUUGAGGGGAAGUAUUUCUUAUAUUGACCAUAUUGCUAUCCUGUUGUCUUCCCUCCCUCCAAUUUUUAAAGUUAACAGUACAAAACUGUGAUCUUGUGACUCAUGUCAGGAACUUGUAUUUUAUCUGGUAUGAUAUUGAAAUAUGUUCCUGAACUCUUCAGAUCUUAAGCAUAAUCUUUAAAUAAGCUAUUUAAUUGAUUGCUAGCAGAUUUAUUGAAAUGUGUAGCAUUGAUAAGCGGAAUUAAGUCAAAGGCAUCGGAAUUAAAAUGUUCUUUUUAUACAUUCAUAAUGGCUUUUUGAUGUUCUGUGAAGAACGCAGUGUGUCUGAAAAAGAACCCCACUUUCCAGAGGAACUUAAAAUGCAAGUAAAUAUUUGUCAUUUUGCCUGCAUAAAUGGAUAGUGAGGGUGGGGAUGAGGGGGCGGGGAGAAGGAUAAACUGAAAUAUUUUUCUUCCUUGAGAGAUGACAAUGUCAUUACCUGUUUGUAUGUUCAGUUACUCAGUACUGAUAAUUCCAUAGUUUUUUGGUAUGACGCCUUUGCCUUUGUAUGAUUUUAGUGUUUUGUUCAGUCCUAUUUUUGUUGAAUUGUUAACAGUUUUAGUUUAUCCUGGGAUUAUAAAAUGAUAACAACUAAAAGGACAGUCAGCCAAUGAGAGUAGAGGUAACAUGCUUGAACAGUUUAUGCCACUUUGUUUUGAAACAGAAAAUGCUGCUUUAAAAAAAAUGCAUGCAGCCCAUAAAUUCUAUGAGCUCUAAUAAUCACAAUUGCAUGGUUACUGGUAUAAGGAGACAUUCAUAGUUUUCGUUAACAAGCACAGGACAACCUGAGAGAUGCUUUUGGAAAAGUGGCAGUGCCGUCACAUGGGAAGUACGAAAAAAUCCUAUAGUAUUUAAUCUUUUCAUUACUCUCAUUUGUUGGUUGUACAAAGAGUAUUAAAUAUUUCUGUUUGUUCUUUUACUCGGAAAGGUCCAUGCUCAAACAUUAAUAGUAAAACCUUUGUGGUACUUGAAUAUCUUUAGUUUGUGAGAACACAGAUUGUGUUUGAAAUCUUAGAUCAUGCAUUUUUCCUUUUAAAAGCAGGUGACACCUCUUGUGCCCCAACUGAACUGUAGUUUAUGCCAAAAAGGUUGGUUUGUGUAAUAUUUAUUUAAUGCACAUAAAACCCUAAUGUCAGCUGGCAUAUAAAAUGCACUGUAUUGUAUAAAAGUUUUGUGUCUGUAUGUGUGGAUGGUGGGGUGCUGAUGCUGUUGUGUUGAGUUUAUGCACUAGUAUUUUUUUGUUUUGUUUUUUAAUAACUGAACUUUCUCUCAGCUGUGCUAAUAGAUGGUACAGUUGGUAACUAAUGUGGACAUUAGGUAUUCAGAAUAGAUGAACAGCAAAAUCAAAUUAACUUUUUAUAAAAGCUUAUUUUCUAUUUAGUAGGUUGUUAAGAUGAUUUCCCUUAAAUUGGAGAAAUACUACUGUAGUUCUUAAAAGUUUUUGUUAGAAUGCGGCUUGUGGAAAAUAUUUCAAAAUGUAGUAAACCAAAAGAAAUCCUAAACUUGGGUAUGCUUCUAAUUUGAUGUAAUUAUCAACUUUUGCUUGUUUGAGAGAGGAAGAAGGGGGCUAAGAAGUAAAUGAUAGUGCUUUGUAAGAUAGUCUUAGAACAGAAUGAAUUGUGUGCGUGACUCUGGUGGGGGAUGUGUGAGUACGUGUUAUCUCUUGAGAUGGGAGGUAUGAUGAGAAAGUGUAAUAAUUUUUAAAGAGCUGGUCUCAGUCUUAGUACUUCCUGAACGUAACAUGCUACUAAAUCGUGUUUUCUUUAAUGUUUUUUUCUUUCAGUUACUGUAUCUGUCUGAGUUACACAUCUCGCAUUUUGACUUUAUAAUGGCAACAGAGUUUUACACUGACUGAUUGUAAAAUCUUUUGGAAUUGAAUUUAGGAAUAUUUAAGAGUUGAAAUUGGGAUCGCAAAAAAUAAAGAAUAUUUAAAAAAAACUUAGAAAGUGAGAAUAUUAAAUAUGCUUAAAAAUGAAAUUAUGUUCAUAUCAAGCCUUUUUUUAAAUUUAGUGGUAUACCCUAGAAUGUGAAAAUGGCUUUCAUAGUAAGAGGUGAAAGGUUGGGUUCAUAGAUACUUCAACAGCUUUUUUGGCACUGUCAAACUUAUAUGGUCUGCUCCUACAGUGAAUCUCCAAUCCCCAUAAUGAAAGAAAGGAGAAAAAAAUGUAGUCAGUACUGCCUCUGCAUGCUACACCUAUUUUAUUUUCUUCCAAAAUGUUAACUUUAAAUAAAGUUGGCCAUAAUUGCAGUUUACCAUAUUUUUUUAGUUUGGGGCAUUUUCGUUGCUAUUUAUGUCCAUAAAUAUUAAUGCAAUUUUUUAAUUUGUUUGAAUAAUCAGAGGUCGGUGGAGUUAAUGCAAUAUUAUCAUUUUAGAUUCAAGACCUUGAAAUGAUUUUUUUUUUUAACUGUGUUCUUGAAAAUUUAUUUAUUUAUGGUGGUACCCAUGUAUCUGAUCCAUAUUUCCUGCUGUGUGAAACCGUUACGUUUUCUCAUUAAAACAAGACAUGAUUUUGUUAAAUCCUGUAUAUAUGGUGUCUCUACAUUUUAGAUUUGUGUAUGCUGUGAAUGAACUUACUACUAAAAAAUAAAAUUGUACAAAGGCAUUAAGAGGCUAUGCAUGCAUGGUACCUCCAGAAAGUGCAUACUCAAAGAGUUGCAGAUUCCUGCAAAAAUAAAUGAAUAAACUAAGAAAACAUCA